AUGUCUGCUGCCGAAGUUCUCAAGAAGUCUGGUGUCAUCUACGGAGAGGACGUCAAGACCCUCUUCAAGUACGCCCAGGAGAAGAAGUUCGCCAUCCCUGCCAUUAACUGCACUUCUUCUUCCACCGUCGUUGCCUCGCUCGAGGCUGCCCGCGACAACAAGGCUCCCAUCAUCCUCCAGGUUUCCCAGGGUGGUGCUGCCUACUUCGCCGGUAAGGGUGUCGACAACAAGAACCAGGAGGCUUCCAUCGCCGGUUCCAUUGCUGCCGCUCACUACAUCCGCGCCGUUGCCCCCGCCUACGGCAUCCCCGUUGUUCUUCACACCGACCACUGCGCCAAGAAGCUCCUUCCUUGGCUCGAUGGCAUGAUGGAGGCCGACGAGGCCUUCUUCAAGCAGAACGGCACUCCUCUCUUCUCUUCCCACAUGAUCGACCUGUCUGAGGAGGAGGUUGACUACAACAUCCAGACCACCAAGAAGUACCUUGAGCGUGCUGCCCCCAUGAAGCAGUGGCUCGAGAUGGAGAUCGGUAUCACUGGUGGUGAGGAGGACGGUGUCAACAACGAGGAUGUUGACAACAACUCCCUCUACACUCAGCCCGAGGACAUCUACGAGAUCUUCAAGACCCUCUCUGAGGUCUCGCCCUUCUUCUCCAUCGCCGCUGGUUUCGGUAACGUCCACGGUGUCUACAAGCCUGGCAACGUCAAGCUCCAGCCCCAGCUCCUCUCCAAGCACCAGAAGUACGUCCAGGAGAAGACUGGCUCCAAGGAUGAGAAGCCCGUCUUCCUCGUCUUCCACGGUGGUUCCGGCUCUUCCGUCGAGGAGUUCCAGGAGGCCAUCUCCUACGGUGUCUGCAAGGUCAACCUCGACACUGACCUCCAGUACGCCUACACUGAGGGUAUCCGCGACUACAUGGUCGGCAAGAAGGACUACCUCAGCAGCCAGGUCGGCAACCCCGACGGUGCUGACAAGCCCAACAAGAAGUACUACGACCCUCGCGUGUGGGUCCGUACCGGUGAGGUGACCAUGAGCAAGCGUAUCGCUACCGCCCUCAAGGACUUCAACACCGCUGGCCAGCUUUAAAUCAUUUUUUCGGAAGAAAAAUGAUGGUUUACGAAAACGAACACACUCUGCACAUUGGACCGUGAUGGAGGUCAAUCGCCUUAUCAUCACGUAGAACAGAAUGUCGUUUAAUCAAAUUUACGGGUUUAUGAAUGCUACUCCAGGUAUCUUUCCACACAAGUAGUCGUAGAAAG